AUAGAAAGCGGCUUGUUAUGCUGAGCAUUUCAUGCAAAUUAUGUCAGUAUUGUCCCAGGAUGCGACCCACACUAGUCGACUAACACCCAGGUACCCAUUUUACUGAUGGGUGAACACAGACAAGCGGUAUAAGGAGACAAGUCCAAUGUUUCUACUCGUUCGCUGGGAAUUGAACUCGGACCUCACAGUGUGAAGCUAGAGGUUUUGCCACCAGGCCAUUGGAUUUAUCACUAGCCCCAAAUAAUAAUAAUAAAUUAACUGGGAUCUUUCUCUAAUAAUUUUACACUAAUAAACGUCUAUAACUACUUUGUGUUUAUUGCAAUAACUAUGAUUAUAUACUAGCUUGAAAAGGAAAAUGUAGAAAUGUAUGAGUUUGCCCAUGAAUCUAUUUCAGUUAAUAUUUAGCACUGUCAAACCAUGUCCUUAUUGAUUAUGCAGUAAAUUUUCCCUAUUUUCACUUUGUAACUAAAACCUUCACUUCUUUCACUAAAAAUAUUCAUGAGGAUUACAGUACAGUUGACCCCCAAUUUUCGUCUGGUGCAAGAAUCGUACAAUUCGGAUUUUGAGCAUUUUUUUGGCGAAACUUUGCCCUGGGUUUCAUAUAUCUGCUCGGAAAUCGUCUGUAUCAGACGCCUUCACCCACCCAGGACGUGGCUUCUGGCAUACCAGACUCAGUCUGCCUCUGUCUCUCGUUGAAUUAGCAAUACUCUGCGCAUUCAUCCAUUGUUUUUUGUGCUUGUUUAUUGAUUGGCACUGAAAAAUAAGCCACCAUGGGGCCAAAGGAAGUUCAGACUACCAGCCCUUUGGGAAAUAAGGUGAGAUGCUGCUAAAAAGAAGUUAACUUCUUCAAAUGAAGAACCUAUCCUGAGAGCCAAGGAUUGUAAUAGAUCAUUAGAAUUUAGUAGAUCCUGAGAGCCAAGGAUCUAUAUUGAUCUCUUUGGUAGUGUUCUGUUCAUCCUGAGAGCUAAGGAUCUACAUGGACCAUUUUGCAUUGUUUUGAGGAGCCUGAGAGCUAAGGAUCUUCCUCAACCAUUUUUAAUCUAGUGAAUCCUGAGAGCUAAGGAUCUUUCUCAAUCAUUUUUAAUCUAGUGAAUCCUGAGAGCCAAGGAUCUUCCUCAACCAUUAAAAUUUGUGGAUACUGAGAACUAAUGAACCAUGUGGAUUAUUUUGUAGUGCUUUUGUGAUCCUGAGAGCCAAGGAUCUUUUUUGACUAUUUUUAGUACAUUGUUGAUUCUGAGAGUCAAGAACUUUUCUUAUAAAUAUAGUGACAUUUAUGGUAUAUUUUUCUUUAAACAGUUUAUUUUGUAAACUUGAGGAUCCUGAGUACCAAGGAUCUUCAGAAUUAUGUUAGUGUUUUGAAAAUCUUGAGAGCAAUGAAUAUUUCUCAAGUUUUUAUUUACAUAAUUUCUAUAGGAUAUGAUUUAAAAGCUAAGCCAAAGAUCUUUUAAAUAGGUUUUUGCCAAAAAUCUUUUAAUUAAACAGGUUUUUACCAAAGAUCUUUUAAAUAAGUUUAUACCAAAGAUCUUUUAAAUAAGUUUAUACCAAAGAUCUUUUAAAUAGGUUUACAACUGCUUAUGAUUUUUUUCCUUUUUAUUGAUUUUGAGGAUAGCACAGUUGUGUUCUUAUUUAAAUAUAUUUUCCAGGAUAGCUAAGAAAUAACAGCAGUGAUGAAUUCCUGUAUUACUGAUCUAAUUUUGCGCACUCUACCAGACAAUUUAAAGGCAGAUGGCUUUCAUUUAAUUGAAACAUCAAGAGUUAUGGAAGAAGAGCGACUUAAAAAUCGCAACAAAUUUAGAAGACACAGAGGUGAUCGAGGUGAUAUAUCUUCACAGCAAACUGAAACCCAAGAAGAUAUGAUGAAAAGAAAAUCUAAAGCUGAAAAAGCAGCUUUGCCAGUUGCUAUAGCAAAAUUAAUAAUGGAAGUUUGGUCGCCACAAAUGCGUCGACAUGCUGAAGCACUGAUCCUGCAGAAAGCCAUUGAAGAACAGUAUUUGCAAGAGGAUCACCUCAAGUGGGUACAUGUACUUGAAAAGUCUGAUGAUGAUUAUGAUAAUGAUAGCAGAAAUAAUGGAUGGGUAAUAGAAAAUCAAGACAGUACUAUAAUUGAAUUAAUAUGGAACAGAUUUAAUAUAAAGGAGCAUUUUUCUACAGUGAAAAGUCACCGAAUGUGGAUUCAAAGAAGUUACGAUCGUCUGAAAGAUUUUGUACCAAGCCUCCAUGCUGAAAUUAUUGAACGCCAUGAUCUCAGUAAAUUUGCUUUUAGUCAGGCAAUAGGUUACACUUUAAAAUGGGUACAUAACCUGUAUAAUGACAUAUGGAAAACUGCAUGUGAUCUACACUUGCAUAAUGAACCUCAUCAUCCACAAACUUGGAGUAAUUUACAUACACCUGAGGAGAAGAGGAAAGCAUUAGAAUACUGGACGAAGGAUGUGUGUGAGUUUCACAAUGGAUGUCCAUAUGGAAUUGACAUAGCAAAUCUUGAUCUGAACUCUGAGGAUUUGGCUGAACCUUUCUUACUUGAAAGUUUCAUUGAUAUGGUUGGUGUAGAAUGGGAAAGAAAGAAGGGUCAAAACCUGGACAUUAGCCUUAGGCAGCUAGUGUACAUGGAUGAUAAAUUCUUAAAUCGGUAUUCAAAGAAACAGCAUCAAAUAAUAAGCAACCUAAUGGAACGUAUUAUUGCAUCUGAUGAUGGCUGGAAGACUGUUGCCUUAACAGAGAGAGAAAAAUUGUUAAUGACUACUGUGCCCCAACACAGACGUGCAAGUUAUGUGUGCCAGACAGAAGUGCAGAAGAAAUAUGAAGAAAAAAGAUUAAUAAAUUUGGUUAAAAAGGAUGAAAGUGAGAAGAAUGAAGGUAACAUAGAUGAUGUGUUAACUGAAGAAAUGAUAAGGAAUGCACAUGAUGCUGCAUUUCUUAUAAUGAUAAGUAGAGUUGUCAUGGAACAUUGGGAUAAUAGUUUUAGGAAGCAUGCUGAAGAAGUCAUCCUAAAAAAGGCUAUUGAAGACAAAGUUCUUUGCGAGAGCCAUUGGAAAUGGAUACGUAUUAUUGAUAAUUAUGAUGAAAUACAAGGAAAUGAUGCAACAUCAGAUAUACUGGUAAAUGAUGAUGCAAUACUUCAGUUAUUAUGGUUAGAUUUUAAUUUAUGUGAGCACUUUUCACAGGUUAAAUGCCACCGCUACUGGAUCAUGCAAAGUUAUAUGCGAUUAUCUCGGUUUAUGCCGGAACUGCCAGAAGAAGUAAUAGAACGCCAUGACCUUAGCAAGUUUGCUUUAUCACAAAGUAUAGGCUACACACUGAAAUGGGUUCAUGACAUAAACUACCCAGUUUGGCGCAAAUCAUGUGAUUUACAUCUUAAUUACGAGCCACACCAUCCACAAAUGUGGUCCAAUAAGCAUAAGCCUGAAUUUAAGCAAUCGUGCUUGGAAUCUUGGCUGUGUGCAAGUGCAAAUGAUUUGCAGUAUGGUGUGAAAAUAGCUUCACUUGAUUUUACUUCAGAGGAUAUGGCAAAAAUGUUCCUUUUGGAAAGCCUUAUCGACAUGGUUGCUAUUGAAUGGGAGAGGAACAAAGAUCAGAAGCCUGACUUAUCAUAUACAGAAUUAAUUCAAAUGGAGGAU